AUGCACGUACACGAAUUCCCCCCUCUACACGGCUAUCCCCUGUACACGACUUCUCUCUCUACACGGCUAUCCCCUAUACACGGGGACAUCUUACUCUACAUGGCUAUCCCUUCUACACGACAUCUCCCUCUACAUGGCUUGAUCAGCUAUACUACGAAACUUCCCCCUCUACAACGGCUAUCCCCUCUACAACGGCUAUCCCCCCUACACGACUUCUCCCUCUACAUGGCUAUCCCCUCUACACGACUUCCCCCUCUACACGACUAUCCCCUCUACACGGCUUCUCCCUCUACAUGGCUAUCCCUUCUACACGACAUCUCCCUCUACAUGGCUAUCAGCUCUACACGACUUCCCCCUCUACACGGCUAUCCCCUCUACACGGCUUCCCCCCCUACACGACUUCUCCCUCUACAUGGCUAUCCCCUCUACACGACUUCUCCCUCUACAACGAGCUAUCCCCUAUACACGACUUCUCCCUCUACAUGGCUAUUCCCUAUACACGACUUCCCCCUAUACACGGCUAUCCCCUAUACACGACUUCUCCCUCUACAUGGCUAUCCCCUAUACACGACUACCCCCCCUCUAACACGGCUAUCCCCUCUACACGACUUCUCCCUCUACAUGGCUAUCCCUUUCUACACGACAUCUCCCUCUACAUGGCUAUCCCCUCUACACGACUUCCCCCUCUACACGGCUAUCCCCUCUACACGACUUCCCCCUCUACACGACUAUCCCCUCUACACGACUUCCCCCUCUACAUGGCUAUCCCUUCUACACGACAUCUCCCUCUACACGGCUAUCCCCUAUACACGACUUCUCCCUAUACAUGGCUAUCCCCUCUACACGACCUUCUCCCUCUACAUGGCUAUCCCCUCUACACGACUUCCCCCUCUACACGAUUUCUCCCUCUACAUGGCUAUCCCACUAUACACGGCUAUCCUCUCCUUCACGACUUCUCCCUCUACAUGGCUAUCCCAUAUACACAGCUAUUCCCUCUACACGACUUCCCCCUCUACACGAUUUCUCCCUCUACAUGGCUAUCCCCUAUUACACGGCUAUCCCCUCUACACGACUUCCAACUCUACACAGCUAUCCCCUCUACACGACUUAUCCACUUGUACAUGA